UGUUGUUAUAUAUAUGAUGUUAUGAUAUACAUAUGUGUGUUGUGUUCUAAUUUUUCACAGUUAACAAACCAAAACACGGAACCUAAAUACAAGUUCACAAUUUACAGCAGAAAACAGACACACUUGUUCUAAUUCCACAAAUGAAAAGUUGUUGUAUUUAAAGGAGGUAUAAUCUGACUGACUAAACAUUGCAGCAUACGUCUCUCUCUCUCCCUCCCUCCCUCCUACACAACGUUAUCCCAGGCCUCCAGGUCAUCGUAGACCUUGUGCGGAGGGAAGCUGGGAUACCGCAAACAGAUCUGACACAAUCUCCACUUCAAGUUGUUGUGCAAUUCCACCUUCCACUCUCUCCUCCAUUGCAGAUACUCGCGAUAGUGCUUGACGUCGCCCGCCAGCUGCUGCAGAUACUUGCCAAGCUCUUUCACCGACGCAAACUGGUCAACGUGGAUGAACGAGUGAGGCGGCGCCACAGCCUCGUAAUCUUGCACAGAUGCUCCCAGGACGACCGGAACCGCCCCAGAUUGUGUGUAAGGGGUCAUCUUGGUUGUAGACCAAGUGGAGACCAGCUGCUGGGUCUCUGCCACACCAGAGUCCAUUUGGAGAGACUGGAGGAGAUGCGGAUGAAGAGACAGGGCUGCGGAGCUAGCGCUGAGCGCCGGGACGGACGGGCUUCACAGUGUCUUGGCUGAAUGAGCAGCUUUAAGUGUCGUAAAGAGCUUGGGAGCGACUUGUGACUUGAAUUCCCUGGGAGGAACAACUGGUCCAAACGCAACAAUUUGGGGGCUUCGUCCGGUGCGACACGCUGAGAAUUGGACACCUCUUGCACUCUUCUGGAAAGACUCACUAGUGGCCAAAAAUAAAACAAGGUCAGCCCUUCCCAGGAUCAACACCCCCCCUGGAAGAAGGAAUCAGCGUAAAACCAAAAUGGUAUUUUACACAAAAUGCAGAAUUUGUGUGCCAGUUCUUCUGUACAGAUUCGAGGAUGACAGCCCGCCACUCCAGAUUCCCUUCUGUCCACUGAGUGGGUCAAGCUAAAGGUCAUCAAACGUAAGUGGACGGAGCCCAGGUGGACUGGUCCCUUCAAGGUCGUGGAACGGACGUCCCACGCCCUUCGACUGGCUGGUAAAGGGGACACCUGGUACCACCUGUCCCUCUGCACUCCUGCUGAAGACCCUGACAAAUCUCCAGCGGAUGUCAUUGCCGACAUCGCCACAUCAUCUGCCCCACUCGAGCACCACUAGAAGCGCCUUUUGAGCCUGAGGCAUCUGAAGAAGAACGGGAGCAGACAGACGACUCAUUUUUAGUAUGUGUGUUACCGGAGUAACACACUGAAAGGGGUGAUCGUGCAAGUAACCUCUCCCCCAGGUCAUAGAAGAGCGAGGCUUUAAUUACACACAUAGUCCUACAGCCCAGAAGAAGACGCUGAGAGAGAGAGACCGUCGUGUAGAUCUUCCAGAUUUUCUACCUACAGUACUCUGAUCAACUUCUAUAUUGUAUAUCAUUGCUUGAGACCAGUCCAUAUGCUAAAUGUUUCUUAGUUUUUCUUGCUUGUUUUCAGCAUAACUAUUUGUGUUGUUACAUUAAGUGAAAAGUUUGAUGUUUAUCCCCGUUUAGUUACCUGAAUUACUCUGAUUUUGAUUUCUGAAAGGCAGGAUGUUAUACCCAGUAGGAUUCCCUGAUGGACUGGUGUUUGGGCUUGUUCUACUGACCUUGUGUCUCAGUUCUUCCUUCCCGACGACAGUGACUGACAAGUGUCUUAGAACGUACGGCGGACUUGAAAUAGACUGGGUGAAGGGGGACAGCAAGACUUACUUUUUUGACCUGUGCAGUGUGAUUAAGUGUGAGGAAAAAAAUAGUUCUUACCGUGCUAGUAACCUCUAUCUUUGUUACGACUCAAACCUGAACUAUUGGUGUCGGAUACGGACAACAUACUCUGGUAAGUGGUGCCCCUCGUGGAAGCAGGUAACCCACAACACAGGGCCCUUAGAUUACCAUGACCCUUUAUAUGCCAGCAUACAUCCAGAAUUCAAAGUUAUUCUGAGAGGGAUGACCUUUCAGAGGAACUUUGAUCGGUCCCAGAACCCCCUUUCCCUUACAAUUGCCAGAGCAGGUGUUAUGCCUAGUCCCUUUUAUGUUGUUUUGGGGGUUGACCAAACAGGUACAGACCCUAAAGGAAUUAUUAAAAUGAAUGUACUUGAGAGGGCGUUAAUUACCUCUGCCCCCUCUGUAGCACCUAAAGUGACACACCACCUUGGUGACGUUACAAAGGCUCUCACAUCUGUGUAUACUAAUGACAUCACCACUGAAGACCUGGUAGCUUUGACCGUAGGAGCAGGUGCAGGCAACCUGUGACUUAGGUGGAUGACUAGCAUGGCUAAGAGCCAAAACCUGGGUGACUGUGUUGCUUGUUCCGCUGGACGUCCCUUUCCCCACACUUACCCCGCCCCUUUUAAGUUGACUGACACUAAUGGCAUAAACUGUCUUAUCUCCUUGUUUUCUGAACCCACACCGCCAGGUUGUAAUUUGUUUGCUCGUGUGUACCCUCCUGUUGACAAUUUCACCCGACUUCUUCCCUUUGUGGCCCAAAAGCUGAAAUACACGUGUUUUCAAUUUACAGGACCCUCAACAUCCCCCUACAAAUUGGGUGACAUUAACCCCUCCUGGUGCACCACCCUGAUAGAUGGCUCAAGGAUAGGCCCUUGGGCACGAGCUGACUUAUUCUGGUAUUGUGGGGAGCACAGAUUGUACAUUAGAAUCCCGACGUCAGCCGUUGGACUUUGUGCUAUGGUUAGACUGGUGACCCCACUCACCCUAGUGGGUACCAAAUUAACACCCCUUGGAACUCCUGUUUCAGCGGCCUCUCUAACUUCCCGCAGAAGACGCCAUGUUUUAUCUCGAAGGAGUGUAACGGGCUCCUUUGAUUUGAUGAGAAACCCUGAUGGUGUUUACUUUGAUGCAAUUGGACAACCAAGGGGGGUCCCACCACAACAUAAAUUGUGGUGUGAAUCCUGUGCAGGUUUCGAGAACCUUCCUAUAAUUGGUGCUAUUUUCCCUGUGACUGCUACUAAAAAUGUAGAACGCAUUAACUAUGUUUUUUAUAAUCUGUUGAGACUGACCAACCUGACUCGUGAUGCUGUUGAGGGGCUUGCUGAACAACUUGCCCCAACUUCCCUCAUGGCUGUCCAGAACCGCAUAGCCCUUGACCGUAUCCUAGCCAAGGAAGAAGGUGUGUGUGCAAUGUUUGGUGACCAAUGCUGUACCUUCAUUCCUAACAACACCGCCCCCGAUGGCUCGGUCCAGAGGGCCCUGGAGGGCCUCCAUGCCCUGUCUAAGGAACUUACUGAAGUUUCCGGUGUCUCUGACCCCUUCAAAGAUUGGCUCCAAAGCACCUUUGGAAGGUGGUCUGACCUAAUUAAGUCUGCCCUGAUCUCCGUUGGAGUUUUCUUGGCCAUCAUAGCCUCAUGCGGUUGCUUUAUCGCCCCUUGUGCUAGGUCUUUAUGCACCCGCAUCAUUGUUAGAGCUGUAGAAGGUCAACCCCACCCUGUUUCUGGGUUUGCUAUGUCACUGAAGGGGGUCAAGCAAAGUGGUGACUUUCGAGAAAUGCUAGUUUCCUUCCCUGACAGUGACGACAUUGACAUAGAUUCCAUCCGUUUAUCUCCCAUGUAACUAUGCUUUUAAUUUUUUACUAGCUUGCUCAUAGAGGGGCGUAUUUUAGAAGUGUUGUACUAGUGAUAAAGAUCUUUUUAGAAGAUCUGAAGGGGGAAUUGUCGGAGGCAGAUAUUUACAUAUAUCCGAAUUUAAGUGUUACUUCUUUUUAUUUCAUAAUCAUAUUACAAAACAGCUAGUGUUUUUCUUCCAAUUGUGGUCUUUUGGUUGUCUGCAAAACUGUGUGCUUAACCUUGAAUGAGGAAUGUUAGAAAGAGAGAUAAUGGGCAUUUGUUUUGGCUGGAGAGACAU